UAUCACCUUAGGUGGAACACCCUGUAUGUGCCAAUGGAAAAACAUAGCUAAACUUCCUUUCGUCACACUAAAGCUAGGGGACCAGCACGCAUGGCUUCAGAAAGUUCCUCCAAGACGAGAUAUAUGGUCUCAGUUUUGUGUGUGUAGCGUGGGGGAAGAUACACAACAUAAUCACUGUCGUAGCAUAGCACGUUUGGCUCUGCCCCUGAACCUUUCCAGAAAGGGGCAGGUGUUCUCAGGGAGGUGGUGGUAUUCCUGACUGGCCGUGACUUCAGCUACGGUGCCAACACCGCGCACGACGGCCGAUACCUGUCCCUGUACGGAGACCUGGUGCUCGUGGUGCCCAACUACCGUCUCGGUCCUCUGGGGUUUCUCAACGCCAAUCUGAGUGAUUCGCCCGGGAACGUGGGCCUCUAUGACCAACGCGUAGCCUUCAAAUGGAUCAGCGAGAAUAUCGACUCUUUCGGUGGGAACGCUUCCAAGCAGGUGGCGGUGAUUGGCCACGAUGCCGGGGCAGUGUCAUUGGGCUACCAGCUGCUUAGCCCAGAGCCUCAUGACCUCCAGGACAUGAAGCGCUUUGUCUUGCACUCUUCCUCACCAUUGCGCCGCUUUCCGGACAAUUCAGGCAAAGAAAACUUUAUUCACCUGGCGCGCAUUUUGCAAUGCAAUGCAGUCCACGACGCCAACAAGGUGGACUGCCUACGCGAGAAGUCUGUCGAAAGUCUACUACAGGCGAGUGAGGCGAUUCAAGCGACAUCGCCGGUAUUUGUGCCCAGCUUUGGGACACAUCUGCUGCCGUCUACCGAACUUCUUUCCCUUCCGAGCCGUAUCUCAGGCAAACAGUUCCUGCUGGUGAACGUGAGAGACGAGGGAUCCUACUUCCUCCAACUGCUGGUGCAGCGUUUGCGCCAUGGCAACUAUGUAAAUACUGAGGCCGUACACCGAUACAUUCUGCAGCUGCUCGCUAUCCUGGGUAUAGGAGACCACGCACAGUCAAUACGAGCGAUGUAUGCCAACGUGACAUCGGAUUCAGAACUGGGCGUGUGGUGCUCCAUUCUGGGCGAUGUGCUCUUUGUUUGUCCAAUGCAGUACUUGGCCAAAUAUCUCGUCGCGGCCGGAAAUUCGGUGAAGGUGAUGGUGUUUGGUCAACGUCCUUCAUGGAAGGACACUACGACAUCGGGCUAUGGAGAUGACUUGUCCUUCUUGUUCGGUAUCCCGCUGCUUCCCAGCGGCAGUGGCACGUCUGACGAGAGGGAGUUCAGUGUGACCGUAAUCAAGUACUGGAGCACCUUCGUCAAAACAGGUACUCUUCCGAAGCUCAUAAAUGGAGAGCAGUGGCCGGACCUAAGAAGUACCUCCCCACUAGCAACCGUUGAGCUCAAGAUGGACGGCGCCCGCCUACUGGAGCCACCGUUUCGGACAAAACAGUGCGACGCGCUUCAACACAUUCUUUUGCAGCCGAGGGGAUGAAAUUCGUUAACUCCUCUUAUUUGAUUGUCGCUAUAACUGUUUCAUCGGCGUCGUUAGUAGUAUCUUACAUUGAUUAAUAAAGACGUAGUUCUGCUUAGACCACCA